AUACGUUGAAAUCUUGGAUUUGGUUGGACAUUUAUUACAUAUUCAAGUUGUUGAACCAACCACCAAAGCAAAGUGAAGCUCUGAAAACAUAUUCAACAGGAUACUCUCGUUGAUUCAAUCUUUAUCUAUUUCGUUCCAAUUCCAUUCAAGAUUUGUUAUCCAUAGCCAUUCGUUAGCUAUAUUUAAACCAAAAGAACAACAAUUCGAACUUAGUUUUCAAAACAUUUUUGGUGUAGUGUAUGUACAAAAAGCUUUCAAGAACAAGAUGAAAUGUUUCCACUAUUUCAAAGAUAAAACCAGAAGCAGAAGUCAAAGAUCAGCACCUAUACUAAAAGCGGAAACCAAUUUAAGCCUAUCAGAGGACGUGUCAUCAUGUAAGGAUCGAGUCACAAAAUCCUCAGGAUCCACAAAUUCGCCACGUGGCAUCAUUGAAUUAUACGAGGAAAAAGCUGAGAAGUUGAGGGUUUUUACAUAUCCGGAACUUAGACAUGCGACUAACGACUUCACGAGAUUAAGAAAGAUUGGGGAAGGUGGAUUUGGAUGUGUUUAUAAAGGAACAAUCAAGCCUAUUGAUGCCAAAGGUGAUCCCAUUGUGGUUGCUAUUAAAAAACUCAACCAAGAUGGUUUUCAGGGUCACAAACAAUGGGUAGCUGAAGUACAAUUUCUUGGUGUAGUUGACCACCCGAAUUUGGUCAAACUAAUUGGAUACUGCGCCAUGGAUGGUGAACGAGGGAUCCAACGCCUGUUGGUUUAUGAGUUCAUGCCGAAUAAAAGCUUAGAAGAUCAUCUCUUCAGAAAAUCUCACGAUCCUCUUCCAUGGCAAAGAAGAUUACAAAUUAUGCUUGGAGCAGCGCAAGGACUUGCUUAUCUGCAUGAAGAAUUAGAAGCUCAGGUGAUAUUUCGUGAUUUUAAGACGUCCAAUAUUUUAUUAGAUGAAGAUUUCAACCCGAAGCUCUCAGAUUUCGGGCUUGCUAGAGAAGGCCCAACUGAGGGUAACACACAUGUCUCAACCGCUGUUAUGGGUACACAUGGUUAUGCAGCUCCGGACUACAUCGAAACGGGUCAUCUAACAGCAAAAAGCGAUGUGUGGAGCUUUGGGAUUGUUCUAUACGAGAUCCUAACAGGAAGGCGUUCAUUAGAAAGAAGCCGACCAAAAGAAGACCAGAAACUGAUAGAUUUUGUAAGACGAUAUCCAAUCGACAGUAAAAAGUUUGGGAUAAUCAUAGACCCACGCCUUGAAGCUCGAUACUCCCUCACAGACGCUAGAAAAAUUGCAAAGCUAGCAGAUAGUUGUUUGCUAAAGAGUGCAAAAGAUCGACCUAAAAUGAGUCAAGUGGUGGAGUCUUUGAAGCAGAUUUUGGAUGUUUCAACUGAAGGAAGCCCAUCAAAUAAAAGUUAUGAGGUUGGUGAUGAUGAACCAGGGGAGUUGACUGAAAAGUCAAAGAUGGGGGAAGUCUCGGAUUCAUCCAAGAGGAGAUUGGCUCAGUUGGCUAAGCUGAGUGAACAUGUUGGGGGAGUUAGUAAGAAAGGGUUUAUGAUAAUGCAUAGAGCUAAAGUGUCUUAAAACACAUAUCAUGGUUACUUUCUUGCAUAAUAUAUAAUAAUGUUUAGAGAUUA